AUGUCUGUUACCCCCCUCUCAUUUUUAAACUUUUCAUUUUACUUCUCAUGUCUGUUACACUUCUCGUCUGUACCCCUCUCUAAAACCCCUCUAAAGCUUUUCAUUUUACUUCUCAUGUCUGUACCCCCCUCUAAAGCUUUCAUUUACUUCUCAUGUCUGUUACCCCUCUCUCUAUUUUUUAUUUACUUCUCAUGUGCCUGUCUACCCUCUCUGUUGCCUCUAAUUUUUCAUUUACUUUCAUCAUUUACCCCUUCUCAUGUCAUGUCUUUACUCCCUCUCUACCCUCUCUCUUUUCAUUUUACUUCUCAUGUCUGUUACCCCUCUCUAAAAGCUUUCAUUUACUUGUCCUUCUCAUGUCUGUUACCCCUCUCUAAAGAUUUUCAUUUAUUUUCUCAUGUCUGUUACCCUUCAUUUAAUGUCUGUUUUCAUUUAUUUGCUUCUCAUGUCUGUUACCCCUCUAAAAGCUUUUCAUUUACUUCUCAUGUCUCUUUUCAUUUACUUCUCAUGUCUGUUACCCUCUCUAAAGCUUUCAUUUACUUCUCAUGUCUGUUUACUCUCCCUCUCUACCCUCUCUCUAAAGCUUUUCAUUUUCAUUUAAACUUUUCAUUUUCUUCUCAUGUCUGUUACCCCUCUCUAAAAGCUUUCAUUUUUUCAUUUACUUCUCAUGUCUGUUACCCCUCUCUUUUAUUUACUUCUCAUCUUUUCAUUUACUUCUCAUGUCUCUGUUACCCCUCUCCUAAAGCUUUCAUUUACUUCUCAUGUCUGUUACCCCUCUCUAAAGCUUUUCAUUUAUGUCUUCUCAUGCUUUUUCAUUUUACUUCUCAUGUCUGUUACCCCUCUCUCUUUUUAUUUAAUGUCUGUUACCCCUCUCUAAAGCUUUUCAUUUACUUCUCAUCUUUUCAUUUACUUCUCAUGUCUUACCCCUCUCUGCUUUUUACCCCUGUUACCCUCUCUAAAGCUUUCAUUUACUUCUCAUGUCUGUUACCCCCCUCUCUUUUCAUUUACUUCUCAUCUUUUCAUUUACUUCUCAUGUUUACCCCUCUCUCUUUCAUUUAUGUCUGUUACCCCUCUCUAAAAGCUUUUCAUUUACUUCUCAUGUCUGUUACCCUCUCUAAUGUUUUCAUUUACUUCUCAUGUCUGUUACCCCUCUCUAAACUUUUCAUUUACUUCUCAUGUCUGUUACCCCUAAAGCUAAAUGUCUGUGCCCUCUCUCUAAAGCUUCUUUUUUACUUCUCAUGUCUGUUACCCCUCUCUAAAAGCUUUUUCAUUUACUUCUCAUCUUUCAUUUACUUCUCAUGUCUGUUACACCUCUCUAAAGCUUUUCAUUUACUUUCAUUUACCCCUCUUCUUUUCAUUUAUUUCUCAUGUCUGUUACCCUCUCUAAAGCUUUCAUUUACCCCAUGUCUGUUACCCCUCUCUAAAGCUUUCAUUUUACUUCUCACCUCUCUGCUUUUUCAUUUACUUCUCAUCUUUUUCAUUUACUUCUCAUGUCUGUUACCCCUCUCUAAAGCUUUCUUCUCAUGUCUGUUACCCCUCUCUAAACUUCUUUGUCUAGUUUUUUCAUGUCUGUUACCCCUCUCUAAAGUUUUUCAUUUAUAUCUCAUCUUUCAUUUAUUUCUCAUGUCUGUUACCCUCUCUAAACUUUUUUCAUUUACUUCUCAUGUCUGUUACCCCUCUCUCAUUUACUUCUCAUGUCUGUUAUCCCCCCUUUUUCAUUUACUUCCUCAUGUCUGUUAUCCCUCUCUAAAGCUCUUUUCAUUUACUUCUCAUGUCUGUUACCCCUCUCUAAAGCUUUUCAUUUACUUCUCAUGUCUGUUACCCCUCUCUAAAGCUUUCAUUUACUUCUCAUCUUUUCAUUUACUUCUCAUGUCUGUUACCCCCUCUAAAGCUUUUCAUUUACUUCUCAUGUCUGUUUUCCUCUCUAAAGCUUUUCAUUUCUUCUCAUGUCUGUUACCCCUCUCUAAAGCUUUUUCAUUUACUUCUCAUGUCUGUUUCCUCUCUAAAGCUUUCAUUUACUUCUCAUGUCUGUUACCCCUCUCUAUUUCUUUUCUAUUACCCCUCUCCCAUGUCCCCUCUCUAAACUUUUUCAUUUCUUCUCAUGUCUGUUACCCCUCUCUAAAGCUUUUCUUUCAUUUAUUUACUUCUCAUGUCUGUACCCUCUCUAAACUUUCAUGUCUAUUUACCCCUCUUCUCAUGUCUGUUACCCCCUCUCUAACUUCUCAUGUCUGUUACCCCUCUAAAGCUUUCAUUUACUUCUCAUGUCUCUUUUUUACUUCUCAUUUUACUUCUCCUUGUCUAUUACCCCUCUCUAAAUUUUACUUCUCCUGUCUUUUCAUUUACUUCUCAUGUCUGUUACCCCUCUCUAAACUUCCUUUCAUUUUACUUCUCAUGUCUGUUACCCCUCUCCUCAACUUCUCAGCUUUCAUGUCUUUACUUCUCAUCUUUCAUUUACUUUCAUUUUACUUCUCAUGUCUGUUACCCCUCUCUAAAGCUUUUCAUUUACUUCUCUGUAUGUUACCCCUCUCUAAAGCUUUUUCAUUUACUUCUCAUGUCCUUCAUUUACUUCUCAUGUCUGUUACCCCCUCUCUAAAGCUUUUCAUUUACUUCUCAUGUCUGUUAUCCUCUCUAAAGAUUUUCAUUUACUUCUCAUGUCUGUUACCCCUCUCUAAAGCUUUCAUUUACUUCUCAUGUCUGUUCCCCCUCUCUAAAGCUUUCAUUUACUUCUCAGCGUCUCUUUUUUUACUUCUCAUGUCUGUUACCCCCUCUCUUUUAAAGCUUUCAUUUUACUUCUCAUGUCUGUUACCACUCUCCCUAAAGCUUUUUUUCAUUUACUUCUAUGUCUGUCCUCUCUCUAAAGCUUUAAUUUACUUCUCUUGUCAUUACCCCUCUCUAAAGUUUUUGUUUUUCUUAAAGCUUUCAUUUCUUCUCAUGUCUGUUACCCUUCUCUCUAAAAGUUUUUAUUUACUUCUCAUGUCUGUUACCCUCUCUAAUUUCUCAGUCUUUUCAUUUACUUCUCAUGUCUGUUACCCCUCUCUCUUUCAACUUCUCAUGUCUGUUACCCCUCUCUUUUUCAUUUACUUCUCAUGUCUGUCUUUUCAUUUACUUCUCAUGUCUGUUACCCUCUUUUCAUUUUACUUCUUGUGUCUUUCAACUUUUUUUACUUCUCAUGUCUGUUACUUCCCUAUUUACCCCUCUCUCUCUAAAGCUUUUCAUUUUCUUCUCAUGUCUACUUUAUGUCCCCUCUCUAAAGCUUUCAUUUUUUCUCAUGUCUGUUACCCCUCUCUAAACUUCUCAUGUCUGUUAUCCCUCUCUAAAGCUUUUCAUUUACUUCUCUGUCUGUUACCCGUCUCUAAAGCUUUUUAUUUACUUCUCAUCUUUUCAGUUACUUCUCAUGUCUGUUACCUUCUCUCUAAAGUCUUUACCCCUCUCAAAAGCUUUCAUUUACUUCUCAUGUCUGUUACCCCUCUCCUUUUCAUUUACUUCUCAUGUCUGUUACCCCUCUCUAAAAGCUUUUCAUUUUACUUCUCAUGUCUAUCCCUCUCUAAAGCUUUUCAUUUACUUCUCAUGUCUGUUACCCCUCUCUCUUUUCAUUUACUUCUCAUCUUUUUAUUUAAAGCUUUUCAUUUUACUUCUCAUGUCUUUUUCAUUUCUUCUCAUGUCUGUUACCCCUCUCUAAAGCUUUUCAUUUACUUCUCAUGUCUGUUACCCCUCUCUAAAGCUUUUCAUUUAGCUUUUCAUUUCUCAUGUCUGUUACCCCUCUUUUCAUUUACUUCUCAUGUCUGUUACCCCUCUCUAAAGCUUUCAUUUACUUCUCAUGUCUGUUACCCCUCUCUCUUUUCAUUUACUUCUCAUGUCUGUUACUUCUCUCUGUCUAUUUUCAUUUACUUCUAUGUCUACCCCUCUCUAAAGCUUUUCAUUUUACUUCUCAUGUCUGUUACCCCUCUCUACACUUUCAUUUUCUUCUCAUGUCUAUCCCUCUGCUUUUCAUUUACUUCUCAUGUCUAUUUACCCCUCUCUAAAACUUUCGUUUUCUUCUCAUCUUUUUCAUUUACUUCUCUUCAUGUCUGUUACCCCUCUAAAGCUUUUAAAUGUCUUUUCAUUUACUUCUCUAUCUGUUAUCCCUCUCUGCUUUUCAUUUUUACUUCUCACUGUUAUCCCUCUCUUUUAAAUGUCUGUUACCCCUCUCUAAAGCUUUUCAUUUACUUUCUCAUGUCUGUUACCCCUCUCUAA